GCGACGUUUCAAAAUGGCGAUGAUGAUUUAAGAACAAUAGCGGAUGCUUCGCGGUAUCCAGUUCAUCCAGUUCGAUACAAGUAUGCUUCAAAGCAUAGUCAUGUUCGAGCUGUUUUUCCAAAUUUUUCUAGUCUUAAUCGGACCUUGUAUAACCGACGUAAGAGCUCCGACACAAACACGUUUUCAAGAUGAAAAGCACUAUCACAAGCCAAUUACGCUAUCGACGAAUCAAAUAAAUGAACUGUCAGAGAUGUCUAAUGUCAAUCAUAUGAACGAAGUUUUAGAUAACAUAUGCGUUGUCAGAAUCGUCGGUACCCCAGAACACACAAGAGUCAAGAAUUAUAUCAAGAAAUCCAUGCAAGAUCUUAAUUGGAUGGUAGAAUCUGAUGUUUUCGAAGAUCGCACACCAACUUUUGGUACAUUACAAUUUGAAAAUGUAAUUGCAAAGUUAAACCCUAAUGCCAAAAGAUAUCUGACACUGGCCUGUCAUUAUGACUCAAAAUAUACUAAAGAAAGGAAUUUUGUUGGUGCCACGGAUAGUGCAGUGCCGUGUGCUCAAAUGAUUAAUUUGGCUAAGGUUAUGAAAAACAGUUUAGAUUCUGUGAAACAAAAUGACAUUAGUUUGAUGUUUAUAUUUUUUGAUGGAGAAGAAGCUUUUAAAGAAUGGGGGCCUAAGGAUUCUAUCUAUGGUGCAAGACAUUUAGCUAGAGCCUGGCACAAUAAUUACACUGCUUACGAACAAGGAGAAUAUAUUUCUGAAUUAGAUAAGCUUGAUGUACUAGUUCUUUUAGAUUUAAUAGGUGCUCCAGAUCCAACGUUUUAUAAUUAUUUCAGCAAUACAGAAAAAUGGUACUCUUUGUUAAUAGCUAUUGAAAAUAAGUUGGCUAGCUUGAAAAAAUUUGAAUCCUAUUCAUAUGGGCAACCAACUCAAAGGUAUUUUCAACCGUAUUCUAUAGAAGCCCAUAUAGAUGACGAUCACAUUCCAUUUUUACAAAGAAACAUUCCGAUAUUACACUUGAUACCACAUCCGUUUCCAUCAGUUUGGCAUAAACCAAGUGACAAUCGUGAUAACAUAGACUUAAAAACAACUGAAAAUAUUAAUAAAAUCCUAAGGAUUUUUGUAGCCUCGUACUUGCAUAUUGAUAUUUAAUUAUCAAUCGGAUAGUGGUUGUUAUUAGGAAAGAGUUUAUUUUGAUCAAAUACGACAAGACUAUUAAAUGAAAUUUUAAACGUGACCUAAUUCGAUGUUUCACAUUUCUCAUGUAAUUAAAUAUUCGCGUAUCGACGGAAAAGUACUUAAAAAAAUCUCUGUACAAUUAAUGUAUAAAACGCUUAAUUCUAUUUUUGUAAUAUACGUGACUUUUAUAAGAUAAAUUAUUAUUGAACAGCACAAGGUCCUCGUGCUUGUGCUCAAAGAAAUUUAUUUACACUUACAUGUAUAUACAUCUUUUACAGAAAUAUAUGUAUAUUUUGAAGUAAAA